UCGUCAGUGGCCUUGGGCAGGCACACGGGGGAUAUGCGGGCUGUCAGCUUGGCUGGGGAGGCCAGCUUCAGCAGGGUGAUGUCGUUCUUCACAGUUAACAUGCUGAAACUGGGGUUCUUGAAAACCUGCCACAGGAGACAGAGGAGCAUGAGACCACGUCGAGCCCCUGUACGAGACCCCACUGAAAUCUUGUCCACCCAUAGCAGGACCCACAUAGGCCACGUCCACCCCCCUUCAGCAAGACUCCCCGGAGACCACGUCCCCCCCCGCUCCAUCAGGACUCCCCAGAGACUGUGUCCACCCUCUGCAGGACCCUGAGGAGCUCUGCCCGUGAGACAUGACACAGGCUGACCUCUGCCACCUCCCCAGAACUGCCUCUGGCAGGAGUAUAAAGGGCUGCUGGCCCCGCUCGGGCUCCAGGACCCACGUAAGAAGCAGAAUGGCUUUCCUCUGGCUCCUGCCCUGCCUCGCCUUCCUGGGCGCUGCCCAUGGCUGCGGCCUCCCUGCCAUCCAGCCUGUCAUCAGCGGCUACGCUCGAAUCGUGAACGGUGAGACGGUGGUUCCUGGAUCCUGGCCCUGGCAGGUCUCCCUACAGGACAACACCGGCUUCCAUUUCUGCGGCGGCUCCCUGAUCAGCGAGAACUGGGUGGUCACCGCCGCUCACUGCGGCGUCAGAACAAGUGACCUUGUGGUUCUGGGGGAAUUUGACCAAGGCUCUCCGGCCGAGGAUGUGCAAGUCCUGCAGAUUGCAGAGGUUUUCAAGAACCGCAAAUUCAGCAGUGGCUCCAUGAAGAACGACAUCACCCUGCUGAAGCUGGCCAAGCCAGCCAACAUGACGGACCGUGUGUCCCCCGUGUGCCUUCCUGCGGCCACUGACAACUUCCCUGGAGGCCUGACCUGCGUGACCACAGGCUGGGGCCUGACCAAUCCCAGUGCCCAGAACACCCCAGACCGGCUGCAGCAGGCGGCCCUGCCCCUGCUGACCAACACGCAGUGCAAGAGCUACUGGGGCAAGAUCCCUGAUGUCAUGAUCUGCGCCGGCGCCGCUGGAGCCUGCUCCUGCAUGGGUGACUCCGGCGGCCCCCUGGUGUGCCAGAAGGACGGCGCCUGGACCCUGGUGGGGAUCGUCUCCUGGGGAAGCAGCACCUGCUCCACCUCCAUGCCUGGCGUUUACGCCCGCGUCACCAAGCUCAGGGCCUGGAUCGACCAGAUCAUCGCAGCCAAUUAA